GGGGCGAGGCAAGGCGAGGCGCUGCAGGUGAUGGUGGGCUGCGGCGGGGCUGCGGGCGAGGCGAGGCUCGGGCCCCAGGGGAGGCUGCACCUGGCGGGGCAGGCCCCGGCUGCGUCCUCCUUCCGGUACCUGGCGCAGACCCGGGGCCUGCGGGACCUCAGCGGCGAUGGAGGCGUGCUCAAGGAGGAGCUGCGCCCUGGCACUGGGCAGGCCGUGCCCCCGGCCGCCUCCGUGGCAGUGAAGUACUCUGGAUACCUGGAACACUGGGAUGAGCCCUUCUGCACAAACUACUAUAGCAAGUUUCCUGGGCUGAUGAAACUUGGAAAAGACAUUACGCUGGGGGGCCUGGAAAUUGGCCUGCUGACAAUGAAGAAGGGAGAGGUGGCAAGAUUUGUCUUCACACCGGAUUAUGCCUAUGGGCGUCAGGGCUGUCCUCCUCUCAUUCCCCCGAAUGCCACAGUCAUGUUCGAAGUGGAGGUGCUGGACUUCCUAGACUCGGAUGAAUCUGACACAUUCUUUCAGUUGACUGCUGAACAGCAGGAUACAUUUCCGCUACAAAAGGUGUUGAAAGUGGCGGACACGGAGAGAGAGUUUGGCAACUACCUCUACCGUAAGCGGCACUUCGAGGGCGCCAAAGACAGAUACAAAAGGGCGUUCUCCAUCCUUGGUCGCAGCCCUUCCAGUGAGGCAGAGCAGUGUCUGAUCAAUGCUUCCAAGUUGCUGGUGCUCCUGAAUCUCUCUCUCACUUACCUGAAACUGGAACGUCCUGCCCAAGCUUUGGCAUAUGGGGAGAAGGCCUUGGAGAUUGACCAAAGAAAUGCCAAAGCGCUAUUCAGGUGUGGCCAGGCUUGUCUCUGCAUGACAGAAUACGAAAAAGCCCGGGAUUUCCUGGUCAGAGCUCAGCAUAUACAGCCGUUUAACCACGAUAUUAACAAUGAGCUGAAAAAGUUGGCAAGCUGCUACAAGGACUACGUGGAAAAGGAGAAAGAAAUGUGCUGCCGAAUGUUUGCCCCUCUCAACUCUUCUUCUGGCUGACUGGAAAUAAAGGACCUCACCAGCUGACAAAAAGAGCUGUUCCUUGGACAGGAAGAAGACCUGCCUCUGGGUACAUGGAGGUCUCAGCAUCGCAUCUGUGUUUUGGGAAAAGGGGCAAGUGCACUGUCUUGUUUUGAGAGUGUGAAGUGGAGGUUCUGUGUUUAUACACAACCUGAUUUUCCUGAAGUUGGUUUUGUUGGCCAUAUUCCGAGGCUAUUUCCAGAAGAACCAAGUCCUGCUGUAGGAGAGAGAGAAAGGCGUUCCCUCUCUUCUCCUGCACAGUCUUUGAAGAAAACUUGCCUGACAUCCUACCUCUUGCAGGUGUUGGGCUGCUUUUAGGGAAUCUGUAAAUGGGAGUAGGAUGCCAUGAAGUUUUGUAUUGUUUAUACAGGUUGUUCUUUAAAAAAUUGUUUGGUAUCUUUGUUCUGAGAAAAUAAACCAACCUGAGAACUAAUGCUGGCAGGACUUUUGCACAAUAAACUGGCAAGAGUGA